AUGCUCAGCCUCGCCCGCAGGACUUUGAACCGUGUCCCCAGCUUUCAGGAUAUUCUACAAGGCAGGAUGACCCACCCCGAUAUCUCCGUCGACGUUCUCGUCAUUGGUGCCGGCCCUACUGGUCUCGGUGCCGCGAAGCGUCUUAACCAGAUUGAUGGCCCCUCUUGGUUGAUCGUUGACAGCAACGAGACCCCUGGUGGUCUUGCUUCCACCGAUGUGACCCCCGAAGGCUUCCUCUUCGAUGUUGGUGGUCACGUCAUCUUCUCCCACUACAAGUACUUUGACGACUGCAUCAACGAGGCUCUCCCCAAGGAUGACGACUGGUACACCCACCAGCGUAUCUCCUACGUCCGCUGCCAGGGCCAAUGGGUUCCCUACCCCUUCCAGAACAACAUCUCCAUGCUUCCCAAGCAUGAGCAGGUCCGCUGUAUCGAUGGCCUGAUCGACGCUGCCCUCGAGGCUCGUGUCGCCAACACCAAGCCCCAGAACUUCGAUGAGUGGAUUGUUCGCCAGAUGGGUGUCGGUAUCGCCGACCUCUUCAUGAGACCCUACAACUUCAAGGUUUGGGCUGUGCCUACGACCAAGAUGCAAUGUGCCUGGUUGGGUGAGCGUGUCGCUGCCCCUAACGUCAAGGCCGUGACGACCAACGUUAUCCUUAACAAGACCGCUGGUAACUGGGGUCCUAACGCUACUUUCCGUUUCCCCGCCCGUGGUGGUACCGGUGGUAUCUGGAUCGCUGUCGCCGACACUAUCCCCAAGGAGAAGACUCGCUUCGGUGAGAAGGGCAAGGUCGUCAAGGUCAAUGCCAACAACAAGACUGUCACCCUGGGUGAUGGCACCACUGUCGGCUACAAGAAGCUCGUCUCCACCAUGGCUGUCGACUUCCUCGCUGAGCAGAUCGGCGACCAGGAGCUCGUUGGCCUCACCAAGCAGCUCUUCUACUCCUCCACUCACGUCAUUGGUGUCGGUAUCCGUGGUACCCGCCCCGAGAGAAUCGGUGACAAGUGCUGGCUCUACUUCCCCGAGGACAACUGCCCCUUCUACCGUGCCACCAUCUUCUCCAACUACUCCCCCCACAACCAGCCCGAGGGCUCCAAGAAGCUUCCCACUCUGCAGCUUGCGGAUGGCUCCAAGCCCCAGAGCACUGAGGCUCAGGAGGGUCCUUACUGGUCCAUCAUGUUGGAGGUUUCCGAGUCUUCGAUGAAGCCUGUCAACCACGAGACUCUCCUGGCUGAUUGCAUUCAGGGUCUCGUCAACACCGAGAUGCUGAAGCCCACCGAUGAGAUUGUCUCCACCUACCACCGCCGCUUCGACCACGGCUACCCCACCCCCUCCCUGGAGCGUGAGGGUGCUCUCACCCAGAUCCUGCCCAGACUCCAGGAGAAGGACAUCUGGACCCGUGGUCGCUUCGGUAGCUGGCGCUACGAGGUCGGUAACCAGGACCACUCUUUCAUGCUCGGUGUUGAGGCUGUUGACAACAUUGUCAACGGCGCUGUCGAGCUGACCCUCAACUACCCUGACUUCGUCAACGGUAGACAGAACACCGAGCGUCGGCUGGUUGACGGCGCCCAGGUUUUCGCCAAGAGCCAGGCCCAGUAA